AUGGAUGGCUUCGACAAACUGGAGGAAAUAUCACUACUAUCAAAGGACAAAUUCUACAGCAGACUAAACAACGAAGGUGUCAGCGUUGCGGACUACGAAAGAGCAUGCAAUGUAUGGAAAACCUUCAACAUGCAAACAAUGAGGGAUUACCACGACCUGAACCUGAAAACAGACGUGCUGCUGCUAGUCGACGUCAUGGAAAAUUUCAGAAACAUCUGCAAAACAAACUACGGGUUGGAUCCAAUGUGGUAUUACACAGCACCCGGACUUGCUUGGGACGCUGCGCCGAAGUUAACCGGAGUUGAACUGGAACUAAUAUCCGAUCCCGACAUGUACCCGAUGGUUGAAAGCGGAAUCAGAG